AUAGGUGCACCGACAUGCAUGCAGGAGUUAACAAAAGUGAUUGCAGCUUGUUUGUCAUCCCUUCUGAGGAAGAUUUGCUUCCAAUGACCAGUUCCUUUGUGAUAUGUGUAUUGGUCAGCAGCAUCAGGUCGCGGUGUGGGCUAUAACAUGUCAGAACAUCACUAAAAAAACUUCGACAUUAUCAAUGAAACUAGGAAAGACAGCCAGGCAAGCUCCCGUUGUGUCUUGGGUUUUUUGCUAUCAACGUAGUACCACACAAAUGGGUUUAUCCUUUGCUUGUUAUUUCAAUCACAGCGACUAAGAAGCCAACUAAUCACUUCAGAAGCAGUGAGUUGGAAAGAAGCCUCCACGGUGUAUUGUUAAGGGCUGAAGCUGUUCACCGCAUGUCCCAUUUCAGUUAAAAAGGGCUUUGUACCAUCUUUCAUAAAGCACCUUCUGGAGGUGUAUAGGCCUAGUACUAUAAUCAUUAAUCAAGAGUGAAGAUGCUUGCGAAGUGCAUGAGGAGCUAGUAUAUAAUCCACCUUUAAACCGAGAGACGCAUUGAUAUUCUACACAGUUUUCGGUUGACUGAUGAUGCAGAAAGUGACUUUUUGGUGUUUUUUGUUCAAUGGGAAACCCCACAAAUACACCUACUGGAUGAUCUAAAACCUCAAAAGUUACUGUAGCCCAGCCUGGAGUGUUCGUCGAGUAUCAUCAGUUGCCCCCAGCCAUCAUGCCUCGUGCUUUUCUCGUCAAAAAGACAAGAGGAACCUCUUUGUACAAAUCUGAGCCGGAUUAUGAUACAGAACAUGUUGAGACAAGUGGGUCAAAGUCAAUUUACCACAAUGAUCCUCGUCGAUAUUGCCGAGACAUGCCUGAUGGCCGGAAAGAUGAGUCUGAUAUAACGGAUCAGAAAACUAACGUCUGGAAGAAACACUAUUUCACUUCGCAUGACGAAACAACGACUUCUACAUCAAGCAAUCUACCACAAUAUCCACACCAAAGCAAUAUCAGAGAAUUUGCCGAACCUAUAGACUUGUCUCAAGCAAAACCCAUUCUUCUUGCUUCAUCUAAUUCUGCAUUUGAGUAUGUUGAACCUUCAAUGCGUGCUUCUCAAGCAAGCCUAAACAAUCACAUCCUCAAUACCAACAUCAGCGUAGAGGAGCCUCUUGAUCUGCAAAUUCGACCCCCGACAGACAGAGAUUUGCCACAGUCAUCCGUCACUGAAGUCAGUUCAGCUUCGUCACGUCCAGCCAGUCUCUACAAUCCUUAUGCAUCGUAUCAGAAAAGACUCGGACAUAAUCCGGCAUCAGCAUUAUACUCGUAUAUGAUCGAAGGAACAUCACCAACACGAACGUCUCCAUUCCGAGAUGCCUCGUUUUAUCAGUAUUCCGACUGGAAUCAUGGGAGAAGUGAUCGGGACACAGCACAAUUCUCCAAAGAGGAGCAGAUGAUGAUUCCUCUUUCCCCCAACCAAAGUCCCACCAUGCCGGACUAUUACAAUACAUCACCGAGCUACUAUCUUGACAAGUAUAUCUUGCCAACUGACACGAACAACGACAAAAAUAUCCAAGAAAUACAAACAGAGCAGCAAAUGGCACUAAAUCUGAGCCCUUCUAAAGAGGACCAAUUGAAAAUGUCACCCCAGCUGCCAAACUCAGACAGAUUCGUGUUCAAUCACACGCAUUUAUCACGGCGCUCUAAGAACCAAGGGCAUGUCCUGAAACAUUCUGCUCGCCAGCCGAUUCUAGGCUUAGAGUACAUCCAGAACACGCCUAACUCCCGAGACAGCAAGAGUCCUGACGGAGAAUCCAGUCAUCUUCUCGAAUCGCAAGAUCAGGAAGCAGACGGAUGUAUGCAACUCGACCAAGCGGUGAAUUGCAGUUCAGAACAGCAGCACACAGGGUACUCCAGCACAGAAACUACAUCUGUCUCUGGUGGGAAAAGUUCCCCCUCCAAGGUGGACAAGCCCAGCCAAUACAAGAAGUAUAUAUGUGAUAUAUGCGGCAAGGGGUUUAGUCGGAGCAACACAUUGGUAACACAUAAGCGCAUUCAUACUGGAGACAAGCCGUUUACAUGUGAAUUGUGUGGACGAGCUUUCAGACAACCAGGCAACUUAACGCGUCAUCGACUGACACACACAACAGUCAAGCCCUACGUGUGUCAACAAUGCGGCAAAGCAUUCAAUCGUGCAUCCAACCUUCACACUCAUAUGAGGACUCACACAAACUAUAAACCAUUCACUUGCCAGUAUUGCGGCAAAGGAUUUCAUCAAAAAAUAGACAUGAAGAUCCACUCCUACACGCAUACGGGUGAGAAGCCGCAUAAAUGCAAGAAAUGCGGACGUGGAUUUAAACAGCUGACUCACCUAACUUAUCACUUGCGCACGCAUUCAGACGUCAAAAUGUACACCUGCGCAUACUGUGGUAAAGGUUUCAACCAGAAAGGUAAUCUACAGGCACAUAUCUACGGACAUACAGGUGAGCGGCCUUACCACUGUGAGGUAUGCAGUAAAGGAUUUACCUUAGCGAGUACAUUGAACACCCAUAGACGGACCCAUGCAGAUAAGAAGCCUUAUGCUUGUCAGUAUUGUGGCAAAGACUUCUACCAGAAAAAUGCUCUGAAAAGUCACAUGAUAGCAUCCCACCCAUACACCGGCGAUAGCUUGCUGUAGGCAGUUUGUCAUUGGUCUUAGCUUUAGGGAGUUGCAGCGGUGAUUUGACUUUGGGAAAAUUCUGCUUUUGUUUUUUUUUUUAAAUAAAAACCUAAAAACUUAGUACAGUACUUAGAUAUCAAAAAUGUAUUUCUGAAACAGUUUAACUGCAUGUAAAGUGACAAUAAAUUAUGUCUUUGCCCCAUUUUUAAUAGGAAUAUUACGUCAUGGCACAAAAAAUGGCAUUAUGCCAUUGUCAUUGUAUCAUAUGAAAGUUAACGAUGGAUGUUAACUUACCGCUUAUUCUCUGUAUGACUUCCUUGCUCUAUGGUAUGAGAUAUACAUUAUGUAACUCGUAUUCACUUUAACAACGAGGGUCUAAGAUUACUCAAAAUUAUGAGGUGAAAAAAAUAUAAAAUAUAAUACAAUUUUUACUUAACAAAAUUAUAUUGUGGUCUAUCGCCAUUUUUAGCUAUUAGGAGUAUACAUGUAUUAGCCUCAUCUCAAACUUUUUAUUGCGAAGCUUUCUUCCAAUGAUUGUGCUUUCACUUGCAUAGGCUUGUGAUACAAUGAAGCUACACGUGAAUGAUUAUUGCUAAAAAGUAACAUAUAACAGGGCCGCAUAAAGGUUGUAGGCGGUUUUAAGUCUGUAGGAGGUUGUAGUAGGCCCUUAUUGUCACGAGGAAUGCAGUGCCCGUGCUACUGACACGAAAGCAUGGCUUGCCUAAAACGAGUAAAAAACCGCCAAAUUAAAACUUACCUCACUGAAGAUCCUUGGACGUCACAUAACUAUUUUGACUGCACUGAGGUGAUAUAAGUUUUCUGAUUAUAGUUGCUAUGAGAAGACAGCAUGACGAAAUAUUACAAAAUAUAUAAUAAUUACGAGUUGGGAAUCCAUCACAGUACGUUUAUGCGCAGUACAUAGAAUAGAAAUGUAGCUUAGAGAUCAAUUAUAACACAACGAAAGGUUAUUUUUAAAUAUAGAUGUACAUAAUUAAAAGACCACAAUGUGUUGCCACGUUAUGAAAAAAAAAGAUCAUUCAUACAAGCAAAUACAUGUAGAUGAAACACAAAUGUGGUAUUAAAGCAUUGUGAGAGGCCCAAUGUGUGAGGCCCUAUGCCUUUAACAUGAGCCCCGUGCAAUUAUUGACACGUUAUUGGGGACACGCGAUUUCAUUUCAAUUUAUGAAAAAAAGCACAUCUGGAAAUAAUGGAAAAGUGGGAAUUUAACAGACGGUCUUUGUUGUAUUUGUUAAUAUCUAAAGUUUUGUAGUCCACUAGAACAUUAACAGGUAAACAAGCCAAGCCUUGAACAAUUCUGAUGAUUAAUGAGCGAACGUGUGAUAAUUAAUGUGCAAAACACUUGAAGUGAAGUAAUAAUGUUAUAAUAAAUUAUUGGAUAACUGACAACUACCAUGAAUUUCCCGAUAUCACACUUGUAAAAACGGGUACGGGUAGGACAAAGACUGAUAGUGCAUGAAUGUUGAUUUGGUGCAUGCACUGGUUAUUGUAAACGUGUAGAUAGUCAAACCCCACGCUCCUACUUUUUGCUAAUGAUGGCAUUCAAGUCGUCAUUAUAUGUUUCCCUUUGAUAUGUAAACAUGAAAAGCGUGGUUGAUUGAAUCCUUGCAUUUAUAUUUAAAACAUCUCUUUUAAGUCAGUAACCAGGUAAAGAUUAUAUUCACAACUUAUCCAAAUGUCUAUAGUAGCCUAUGUGUUUAUUCGUUUAGCAUUAAAAACUGUUGAUGGAAGUAACGUG